AUGGAUGUCCUGUGGGAUAGUGCCCAACACCUUGCUCAAUACCUGGCGACACAUUAUUUGAUUACUUCACUCGUAUUCGGAGUUAUAUUCUUUAUAAUCAAGUACUAUCGUAGAGAUGAUAGUAAAAUCAGAAAACACUGGGAGGAUCGGAACAUAAAUGCGGCAAAAGUGCCCUGGUCACAGUUAUUUAGUAUAUUAUGGAGGAAAGAACAGCCCGAGGUAUUAAUGAUGGAAAAUGUCCACAAAUACGGCAAAAUAUAUGGCAUUAAAUCGCUUGGAAAGACUAGCGUUGUCUGCGCUAAACCCGAUAUCAUAAGCUUAGUGCUCAGCAAAGAAUUCACUAGUUUUACAAAUAGGACGGUAAAGCUAGACAGCGAUCCCAUAAUGGGUAAUGUUAUUCAGUUGGCUGUGGACGACCAGUGGAAACGGUUGCGAGCGAUAGUAUCGCCCACUUUCUCGACCGGAAAGUUACGCAAAAUGCGGCCAUUCAUUGACGACUGUUUGCAUACAUUGACCAACAAUUUAGACCGACUUUCAAGCGAUAAGUCAAACACUGAACGCGUGGUCGAUAUGAAGCGGGUGUUCAGCGCCUACACUAUGGAAGUCAUAAUACAAGUGGCUUUCGGCACAAAAGUGGACGCACUUAUCGAUGAAAGUCAUCCCAUUAUAGUGAACGCCAAGAAACUACUGUCCAGAGACUUC